AACAUCAGGCAUCAAGGCGAUCAACCACCGUUCUGACGAUUAAACGAUGCCGUGUAACGCUUGUGUAUGCUCAUGUUAGUUACGUUUAUCUGCUGCAGUUUACAUUCGCCUGCGAACCGUCGCCUAGUACACGCCGCAUUUAAGAUUAUACAUUAAAGCCCAAAUAUAUUUAUAGAUAUUUAGCUUCCUUUAAAAAACCGCACAUUAUGGCUGCUGUCACAUCCAAUGACAAUUCCGUUCAGAACGACAAUACAGGUCCUGAGCGUACAAAAAGCAUCAUGGAUUUUAUUCCUCUGGUCAGUAGGAUAUUAUUUGGAUUCGUGUACACAAUGUACGCAUUUGUGCAUUUAGCGAUAAUUUCCUAUUAUCCCACCGAGAAAUCGUUAAAAAACAAAGUCGUACUCGUUACUGGAGCGGGCAGAGGUCUUGGCAGAGAAAUGAGUUUGCAGUUGGCCAAGGAAGGCGCCAAAGUGAUUUGCGUGGACAUCAACGCGGAUGGUGUAAAGGAAACGUGUGAGCUGAUUAAAAGUGAUAGAGGCGACGAAAAAGACAUAACCGACUUCUAUUCGACCAACGUGGCCGAUUCGGCUCAGGUGAAAGAAUUGGCAGAGACGGUGGAGAAAAAAUGGGGUCAAGUGGAUAUAUUGAUCAAUAACGCAGGAAUCGUGGCCAGCACACCGUUAAUGGAAGUUUCCGAUGAAGGCAUUCAACGAAUGAUCAACGUCAACCUAGUGUCUCAUUUCUGGAUGGUUCGCGCGUUUUUGCCGGCAAUGUUAAAACGCAAUGCUGGGCACAUUGUGGCGACUUCUUCUAUGGCCGCGUUUACUUGUGCUGCCAACAUUGCACCGUAUGCAGCCACCAAAUUUGGAGUCACCGGUUUCAUGGCCAGUCUCAGGGAGGAGUUAAGAGCCAAUCCGAAUAAUAAAAUUAAGACAACCGCUAUCCAUCCGUUUUUCCUGGACUCGGCACCGAUCAACGUGAAACACUGGGACGUCAAGUCUGUAUUGCCCAGCUUAUCCAUACCUCAAGUAGCUAAGGCCGCUAUUACUGGAAUUAAGAGAGAACAUGAAGUCGUUUCGGUCCCGGAGUUUUUGAAAUUCACCAUGUGUUUCGUAUGGCUUGUGCCACAAAUCGCACAAGACUACUGGAGGGAUACGUUUAAAUCGCAAAUAGACACAGUUUGAACAUGCAUGUAACCAUUACAAAAUGAAAAAUAAGAAAAAAGUGUACCUUGGGUAGGUACAUUUAAAUGUAGAUACAUUUAUAUUAUAGCUAUAUUAUUGCAAUAAUAUUAUAUUACACCUAAUAAUUAUAAUGGUAAAUUUUUAUAAUUAUUAUUAAAACUGUUGGUAUUAAUUCAUAAGAUAUAGCGACUUCAAUAAAAUACCAUUUAUAUGUAUUUACCAUUAAUAUGUAUUUACAACAUCGUCAAAAUUUUACAUGACAUGAAUUUGUAAAAAAAAAUAUACUACGAUUCAUAUAACUAAUAAUAAAAUCAAUUUUGUACACCUAAUUAUUUGUUGGUUGUUAUAAAUAGUAUUAUAUUAAAAAUUAAACGCAUA